ACAAGAUGAAGACGAGACGACACCGAAUUUUUGCUUAUUCCGAGUUUCUUAUGCCGAGCUGACACGGACCGGCGAGGCAGCAGUGCAGUGAAUCAACUUGGGACGACAACUACAAGUACCGGUACCGUACCAGACGUAGAUCGGUCGAGCGUCGCCAAACUAGCCCGCAGUGCACCGGGCAUCGACAAACGACGUGUACCGGUACCGUUCGCCAGCCAGUUCCCGACUCGAGAAUCUGAAAGACAAAGUCAAGGCCGGACGAGCUCAAACGUAACACUCAAAGUUCUCCAUUUUCUGACUGUUGAAUCUCGAAAUCCUUGAUUAAGGUACCGAUACAUGUAGCCACCCAGUGUGAGAUGAUAUAGCGCCGAUUCCGAGACCUGAUUUCUCAUUUCUACUUGGCCUUAUUGAAUCAUACCAGACAGCUGACAUAGCAGAGAUGACGUCUCAUCGGAGUAGCCAGUCCUACAAGUAUUCCAUAGUAGGAAAGAGGGCUAAGGAUGCUCUGAACAAGGAUGAACAGGAGUUAUAUGAACUGUGUUGCCUAGCAGGUAUUGAGAUGAGCCCUGCUGUGUAUAGGAUCAUCAUGAAUCUCCUGAAGAUGAAUGUUUCCCCCAUAGCCAUCACACAGAUGCUGAAGUCAAUGGUCAACCCGAAGGGUUCAUUUAUGGAUCCCACCCCAAGCACUUCAUUGACCUCUCGAUCUUCUGCUUCCAGCUCAGACGUCCCGGGUACGGGAACAGGUACAUACCCAGGUCAUAGCCUUGUCAAGAGGUCAGCAUCGCACUCAGCUGUGAGUGGAGGUUCAAGCACAUCCAGGAGCUCAAAGGGUGGAUCCAGGAGUGCAACAAGCCUACAUCAAAGUGAUUCUAGUGGAAGGUCCAGAUUAACAAAGACCUCAAGUAAUACUAGAACUUGAUAUCAAUGCUUGAUGAAAGUAAAGACUUAAUGCAGAUAAAAGAUAGUAGAACUUAAGGGGCUCUAUUAAUUUUUCAGGUGCAGCAAGAGUCGAUGCCAUUGGAUUGUACAGAUCAAGGAGUACAUUAGAGGUGCUUGAAGGAUCAUGAACCUUGAUGAAAAUACUUGGCAUAAACAGAAGACUUUUUGACAAGCUUUGUAGUGCUGUGAAGGAUAGCUGAGUUUGUUGCCUUGGCCCUUAUAUAUUUUUUGGGGGAGGGGAAGAUUUAAGAUUUUUGAACAGUCUUUGUACUUUAUUUCAAGGAGAGUUGUAACAUCAAAAAUUUUAUUACUGGUACUAUUAAAACUAGCUUUGCCUUUGCCAACCCAGCAUGUCAAAAUAUUGCCUUGCUUUGUUGAGCACAAUGCAUUAUAGGUUUUAUAAUCAGCAGGCAAUGCAUAUAAAUGAAUAAAAUCUGUGGCUUGAUAAAUGAUGUUUGUUCAAGACUGCUAAAAUAGCAUGAAUGCUUGUCAAUAAACAACCAGAGGACUAACGGUUCAAAAUCCUUUCUGAGGGACCUGGUAUUGAGGAUAAAUGCUACCUUACCAAAGAGCACUAGCACACCAAGUGGGAAUUGAACCUGGGUCAAGAUAUUGUAAGACUAGCUAUACUAAGCUGUCAUUCCUCUCCUUUAUAUGGGCAAUUCCACGUAAUGGACACGACACUUCAGACAGUGUAAAAGCAUUAAACUUUCAUAUUUACAGUAUAAAAUACAGUUCUUGCUGAUUUAUCGGACUCAUUUAGCAUCCAGUUUGAAACAAUGAAUUUUACAAUAUUUUAUUAAACAGUUGCAGAGAAAAUGCACUUAUUGUUUCUAUUAAAAAGUUCACCCCAACAAAAUAUUUAUUUUAAAAGCAAAUCAGAACAAGCUUAAUGGUGAAAAUUUAAUCGGAAUUGGAUGUUAAAUAAAGUUAUAUCCAAUUUCUGCUCUAUUUCACAAAAAGUGAUAGGCACAUCCAGUGCUGGCCACACAGAAACGCUGAAUAGCCUAAAAGUAAGCCCAGUUACAUCGGAUUUUGAAGUCAAAACAUUUAUUUCAAUGUGUAGGCACUGCAUUGUUGAAACAUUACACUUUCUGUCGGUAAUGUGUCUCUCCUAAAUGUGUCUCUCCCAAAUGUGUUUAUUUGUAAUUAAAAUUUCAGAUUGAGCCAAAUGUCAAAUCAGGAAGGCUGCCAAACAGGAGGGAUUAGCUAAAAAAGCCAGUGAUUUUGAAUUGAUGAAAGUGAUCCUUGAUCAAUUUUCCACAAAGUGAUCAAUACUUGCUUGUCAUAGUACCAUACAAGCUGAAUGCAAAAAUGAUUUUUGAGCAAUGAAUAGCUUGGUAAAUAUGUAGUUCAAUUCCCUUCUGGAUUUGUAAUUGCUUGCAAAAUCAAAAUCAAAUCCAAUUAUCUUCCAAGUGUACAUAGUACAUGCGUAUGUUGUUUGUCAGAUGUAAAGACAAAUGUUAUGUAUUGAAUGUACAUGUAAAUAAACUGCUGUUUUCCAAUCUAACA